CCGCCCGACGCGUCCCCGGACAUCCCGCAUACAUCCUCAUUCAUACCCCGCGACUUUUACCACAAUGCCCGACGGCUCAUUCUCCCACCCCCAACAGCGCUCCUUCAACCCUUACACGGACAACGGCGGCACUAUCCUCGCUAUCGCUGGUGCCGACUUUACUGUCAUCGCCGGUGACACUCGUCAGAGUGAGGGCUACAGCAUCCAGACUCGUUACGCACCCAAAGUCUUCAGACUAACCGACCGCGCCGUUCUUGCUGUGAACGGCUUCGCGGCCGAUGGAAACAUGUUCGUGAAGAAGGUGAAGCAGAGGCUUGAGUGGUACAGGCACGCGCACGCGAAGGACAUGCCCCUCCGCGCCAUCGCUCGUCUUAUUCAGACGAUGCUGUAUGCGCAGCGCUUCUUCCCCUACUACGUCUACAACAUUCUCGGCGGAAUCGAAGAAGAUGGCUCUGGUGCCGUCUAUUCCUUCGACCCCGUAGGGUCAUAUGAGCGCGAAGCGUGCCGAGCCGCGGGCGCGGCCCAGUCGCUCGUACAGCCGUUCUUGGACAAUCAGAUAUACUUCAAGAACCAGACCGCUGCGGUCGGCCAGUCGCACCCAACGCAUCUUCCUCUACCUGACGUGCUCGCCAUCGUUAUCGACUCAUUUACGAGUGCGACGGAGCGCCAUAUCGAGGUCGGCGACGGCUUGGAGAUCUACGUCGUCGUAGCGAAAGGCCGCAGUCCACAAGGUUUGGACGGCAUGCGCGGCGUCCAGGAGCUUAGCGCGAAAGCGGACAGCGACCGCACAUUCGUCAUCCGGCGAGAACUCAAGAAGGAUUAAACGGCUUGCGCCGGCCGGAUAGCUGGUAGGGGCGCCUGUGCUACACGGGCUGCCGCUAGCUUCCCGCCUGCCGAUGGACCUGAGGACAUCUCGAUGGACAUUCUUUCCUCUCAUCACUCCCACCCCCGCACUCACAGUUACUGUGCGGAACACGCAUGCUUCCUCGGAACCAUCGGGCGUCGGUCGUUAUCUUGAUAGUCGUCGCUGUCGCUCUGUCGCUCUAGUACGGGCUCCCCCUCCUUCCGCGACGUCGCGCGCGUUUGGAGUAAUGUACCAGUAUCAGCAGCAUUUUUUCCAUCUGUUUCUACUAGAAGCAAUAAUGUAUAGGAUGUUCUGCAUCCGC